AUGGGUGUUGCAGUUCUACAACCAGAGGAUUAUUUAAAGAUAUCGAAUCCCAUGAAACACCACAAAAAUCUUUUCUCGAACCCGAACCGUUCGAAUCGGGCAAACCCAAAACGUAGGAACCGGUCUCCGACCACCUCCCCUCCUCCUCCAUCUGUCGAUACCAAAUUCCCGGCCACUAAUUUCGUGAUGGGUCAAGUGAAGAUCCUCAAACGUGGCGAAUUUCCAGAAAAACGGUCGCCCCGGAAGUCCGAUAGGUUCGAAAAGGAAAACGUUGAUGUAGAUCUGGGUUCCACUAACCGUUUAGGUCCAGAUCCCUUGUCGAUUCCCAUCCAGACACGACUCACCGAGUUAAACAACAACAGCAACAACAAAAAUAAGGUCAACCCAGUCCCCUUUUAUGCUGGGUCUGCCUUCAUAACCUCGCCUCCUCCAAGUUCUGUUCCGAUGCCAGCCUUCUUCACUAAGAAGAUGGAGGUUUCUGUAAAGAACAGCGAUGCCACAAGUGACUUGAGGAUGAUGCUGAGGCUCGAUCUGUAG